AUGGGCGCUCUUAAUUCAGAGAACUGCUCUUUUCAGUACCAGCUGCAUCAAACACAUCAGCUUCUAGAUGGUAACUGUCUGUUAUUCUUGAUUAUAUUUGGGAAAAUACUGUUAAAUAUCUUUACAUUAGGAAUGAAAAGGAAAAACACUCAUCAAAAUUUUUUGGAAUAUUUUUGCAUUUCACUAGCAUUUACUGAUCUUCUACUUUUCGUGAAUAUUUCCAUUAUAUCUUAUUUCAGGGAUUUUGUGCUUUUAGGCAUUAGGUUUACUAAAUACCACAUCUGCCUAUUUAUUCAAAUUAUUUCUUUUACUUACGGUUUUUUGCAUUAUCCAGUUUUCCUGAUAGCUUGUAUAGAUUAUUACCUGAAUUUCUCUAAAGCCACCAAGCUUCCAUUUAAGUGUCAAAAAGUAUGUUAUUUCUUUACAAUUAUUUUAAUUUGGAUUUCUGUCCUUACUUAUGUUUUGGGAGAUCCAGCUAUCUACCAAAGCCUGAAGGCACAGAAUGUUUAUUCUCAUCAAUGUCCUUUCUAUAUUGGUGCUCAGGGUUACUGGCUGUCAUUUUCCAUGAUGACAAUUUUAUUUAUGGGUUUUAUAACCUCUUGGUCAGAAGUCAUUACCUUGGUACAGGCUGUUAGGAUAACUUCCUACAUGAAUGAGACUAUCCUGUUUUUUCCCUUUUAUUCCCACUCUUCUUAUACCAUGAACUCUAAAAAAACACUCUUGCCCAAGUUGAUUAUCUGUUUUCUUGGUACCUGGUUACCAUUUGUAGUGCUUCAAGUAAUUAUCCUUUUACUUAAAAUACAGAUUCCAGCUUACAUUGAGAUGAACAUUCCAUGGUUGUACUUUGUCAAUAGUUUUCUCAUUGCUACAAUUUUUUGGUUUAAUUGUCACAAACUUAAUUUGAGAGACAUGGCAUUACCUGUGGAUCCAUUUGUCAACUGGAAAUACUGCUUCAUUCCACUUAUACUUCCUAAUUUUGAGCAAAUUGAAAAGCCUAUAUCAGUAAUCAUUUGUUGA